UUGGUGAUUUGAUGUCUUCCUCCCUUCUUUAAUUGCACCUUAUAAGUACUACUGGUACCGAAGCUGUUUAACAGUUCAAAAGGCAAGCACUAUUAUUUUUCAUCUUUUUGGCUCUUUCUUGUUUGGUUCAUAAGAAAAUAAAAAAGGAUACAGUUGUUUUCUAUAUGGAGAAACCAAAUAAUUCAACGACGUUGGGUCGAACAAAAUCCGAUCAACUGUUGGAAACACUGGCGGCGGCGUUCAAAUCGCCGGCGUCGCAAAGCGAUCAAGCGCCGGGAACGUCCGAUAGCGGCGGAAUUUUGUCUCGCAAGUCGAGCAGGCGGUUAUUGGUUAGCGCAUCGCCCGGACGGAGCGGCGGUAGCAAAAACAAUCACAUUCGGAAGGCGAGGAGUGCUCAGAUGAAGCUGGACUUGGACGAAUUGAGCAGCGGGGCGGCGCUCAGCCGUGCCUCUAGCGCUAGCUUGGGCCUUUCUUUCUCUUUCACUGGCUUCACUGUUCCACCGGACGAGAUCGCCGAUUCAAAACUCUUUAGCGACGACGAUAUACCGGAAUAUAUUGAAGCAGGAACUUGCAAGCCAAAAUUUCAAACAGAGCCUACUUUGCCAAUUUAUUUGAAGUUCACAGAUGUGACUUACAAGGUGAUUAUCAAAGGAAUGACAAGUAGUGUAGAGAAGGAUAUUUUGUAUGGAAUCUCAGGUUCUGUAAACCCCGGAGAAGUUCUUGCACUUAUGGGACCUUCAGGAAGUGGGAAGACCACACUUCUUAAUCUACUCGGCGGCAGGUUAACUCAGUCCACGAUUGGCGGCUCCAUUACGUAUAACGACCAGCCUUACUCCAAGUUUCUUAAAAGCAGGAUCGGAUUCGUGACUCAAGAUGAUGUCUUGUUUCCUCACCUUACUGUUAAAGAAACAUUGACAUAUGCAGCUCUUCUUCGGCUGCCACCGGCGUUAACGAAACAGCAGAAGGAAAAACGAGCCUUAGAUGUCAUUUAUGAGCUAGGCUUGGAGAGAUGCCAGGACACGAUGAUCGGCGGCUCGUUCGUCCGCGGUGUGUCCGGCGGGGAGAGGAAACGAGUUUGUGUCGGUAACGAGAUCAUAAUCAACCCUUCCCUUCUGUUCCUGGAUGAACCAACCUCCGGUUUGGAUUCCACAACAGCUUUAAGGACAGUUCAAACAUUACAGGACAUAGCUGAGGCCGGGAAGACUGUGAUAACAACGAUCCACCAGCCAUCAAGUAGGCUCUUUCACAAAUUCGAUAAGUUGAUUCUUUUAGGGAAAGGCAGUUUGUUGUACUUCGGGAAAGCUUCGGAAGCAAUGGUUUAUUUCUCGUCUAUAGGAUGCUCCCCGCUAAUUGCCAUGAAUCCAGCAGAGUUUCUGCUCGACCUUGCAAAUGGGAACCUAAAUGAUAUCUCCGUGCCAUCGGAACUCGAAGACAAAGUUCAAAUGGAGAAUUCCGAAACUGAAACACGAAAUGGGAAGCCACCACCGAGGGUUGUCCACGAGUACCUUGUGGAAGCCUACGAGUCGAGAUUUAUGGAAACCGAGAAGAAACUUAUGGCUCCUCUUCCAUUAGACGACGAACUAAAGCUGAAAGUGUCGUCUUCGAAGCGGCAGUGGGGAGCGAGCUGGUGGCAACAAUACUGCAUAUUGUUCAUCCGAGGGAUCAAAGAAAGAAGGCAUGAUUAUUUCAGCUGGUUGAGAAUCACUCAAGUUCUUUCCACAGCAAUCAUCUUGGGAUUACUAUGGUGGCAAUCAGAUAGUAAAUCCAUUAAAGGCCGUCAAGAUCAGGCGGGGCUGCUGUUUUUUAUCGCCGUUUUUUGGGGUUUCUUCCCUGUUUUCACUGCAAUCUUCACUUUCCCUCAAGAAAGAGCAAUGCUUAACAAAGAAAGAGCAGCAGACAUGUAUAGAUUGAGUGCUUACUUCUUAGCUCGAACCACAAGCGACCUUCCGCUCGAUCUUAUAUUACCAGUGCUUUUCAUUUUAGUAGUUUAUUUCAUGACUGGCCUGAGACUGAGUGCUGCUCCCUUCUUCCUCAGCAUGCUUACAGUUUUCCUCUGCAUCGUUGCGGCUCAGGGUCUUGGACUAGCAAUUGGAGCCACUUUAAUGGACUUAAAGAGAGCCACCACACUGGCUUCAGUUACUGUGAUGACCUUCAUGCUGGCUGGUGGUUAUUUUGUAGAGAGAGUGCCGGUGUUCAUAUCCUGGAUUCGGUACAUGUCUUUUAACUAUCACACUUAUAAUCUUCUUCUAAAGGUUCAAUACCAGGACAUGGUGCCGCCAUUUAAAGGGAUCAAAACAGACAAUGGACUGAGGGAAGUGGCAGCAUUGGUAGCCAUGAUUUUUGGCUACCGUCUCUUGGCCUACUUGUCUUUGCGGAAGAUGAAUCUAUGUUCCCGAGCUUAAAGAUGAUAUACUUCGGUCAAAUUAUGGUUUUUGUCCUUUUACUACGCUAAAUUUGAGAUUUAUUCUCUGUAUUUUCAUUCGAUGUGAUAUGAGUCCAACUUUUAUAAUGUUGUCUGUUGGUUCAAAUUGUUAAAGUGCUGUCAUGAAAAUUUUAGAUGACAUUUCAAGCAUUCAGUUGAAAUGUAAAUUUUUAUUAAAUCAAGUUAUUUGAUC